AUGCGGAGAUGCUGCUGCGACGCCGUCAUCGCGGAGCUGCUGCGCCGGGUGCCGCACCGCCGGCAACGCGGCGGCCGCAGCCACGAGGAGGCGAAAAAACGGUCUCCCGUCGACGGCCUCACCACGUCGCUGCUUUGCAUCGCGGCGUCCACGGCGGGCGGCGCGGCCGCGGCGCAGGCAGCAUGCGAUGCCUCUCCGCCUCGCGUCGAUAGGCACGCGAAGGACCCGCAGCGCGUCGUGAGCGCGCUGGCAGCUGCUUCCCAGGGCGCAGCGGCGCCGCAGACGCCGCGGAUUCUGCGGGCGCUGCUCCUAAAGAGCAGGAGGGAGUCCGCCGGCACGCACCAGGACGCGGGGCGAGCCCCUCCCGCCUGCCCCAUGGCGGAAUCGGCGGUGGGCGCGGGGGGAGGGGCGGGUGCGGCCAUCGCGCAGAUGGACGAGGAAGUGGUUGCGACGUGGUAUGCUGCAUUUCAGCUCUUUAGCGAGGCCGUGGCGCGGCACACCGUUGCUCCAUCCAUUGCACACAUCAACGUGCUGCUGGGCAUCACUGUUCGCGAGAGGCGUUGGCGGCAGAUGCGGCAGGUGGAGAUGUUUCUCGACAGCAUCCUCACCUCCGAGGCUGGCGGAGGCGAGGAAGAGGCGCUGCGUACGCUGGACGCCGUCGCUGAUGUCCGUGGCCCGCCCCAACCGGCCGCUUCACUCCAGCCAAAUUCUGAGACCUACGAAUGGUUCAUGGCCGCCGCGGUCUCACGGGGACACUGGGAAGAAGCACUGCUGUGCUUUGACGGCGCACGUGAGGCGUGUUUGCCGGUCUCUGAUGGCCUGCUACGACUGGCGCUGGAGGCCUAUCGCCUUGGAGGUGUGCACUCAAUCAUAGGCGCAGCCGGCAGCGGCCACGGCAGGACGCUGCUUGUGCCGCUGCCGACAGACCAUCGGGGGCCAUUCCUGCAUCGUAUGGCUGCCGCAAGGCCCGUUUCCGGCUCUCCCGCCGUGCGAAGGGAGACGGCGGCGCCAGAACAUUUAUGGGAGGCGGCGCUGCUGCUUUUCUCCUCAUUCCUGCAUCGUGUGCGGGAGCGAGAGACGGUGCUGCUGUUCAUGUCCAUGAUGGCGGCGGCGGGAAGGCACCUGGCCGUGCUGGACGCCUACCGUGACUGCAGCCGUACGGUGGACCUCGGCGACGGGGUUCUGCCCCUCCUCAGCACUGCGGCUCGCGAAGUUGGGGACUGGGCGCUGAGUCUGCGUCUGCUGCGGCACCUCGCGGCGGCGCAGCCGGAGGCGCAGGGGACGAAGUUGGGGCGGCGGGUUUUGGAGGACGCCCUUCUCGUGCUUCGCAGGUCGCAGCAGUACGCCAAGAUGCUUUGGCUGCAUCUGAGCCUCCCCGCCGGCAUGUGGACCGCGCGGGGCCGGGUGAUGGUGGCGCAGGCCGCCAUGGUGCAGCGCGACCUCCCGCUGCUUCUCCAACUGCUUGAGGCGGCGGAGGCAAAAGGGCUGCCGGGCCGUGCAGAAGACGACGACGACGACGACGACGUUGCUGCGGUGCUCUGCCACCCGCUCAGGCACCCCGCCGCGUCUGCCGCGUCUGCCGUUGUGCCAGAGAGAUGUACGACAUCGUGCUGCGCAGCAUUCAGCUGGAGCUCAUUCACCGCCGCUUUGACGUCGCGACACCGCGACAUCACGCCCUGCAAGAUCUCACAUCGCUUUCCUUGGCGGUUUACGAGAGGUUUCUCCAGAGCGCACGGCGGCAGCUUUCCGGGGCUGAGAAUGCCUCAUGUGGGACCUCGCUCGCCGUGUAUGCGCCGCUGCUGA